CGGGUUUUCCCCGCCUUGUAGCAGUCCUGUGCGGAGCCGCUCCGCGCCGCAGCUUUCUCUCGUGCGCUCGCUCUUGUCGUUAUUUCCAAGGGGAAUAUUUGCACUCUGCGACUAAGCGGGACCGUCCUAGCCACCCAUGGGACACCCGGGUUCCGUCCCUUGUUGCGCCAGUCCGACUCACUGAAUGCGCGAUGUGCGUCUUGGUGGCGGCGCGCAGGUCGGUGGGGGCCCGGGGCCGUGUGACGGCGGCGCUCCACUGAGGCCAGCCAGCCAGCCAGCGAGCGAAACAGGAGCACGUUCGCCACUCUUCCUUCCACCCGUUUCGCCGCCUGGCCUGUCCGGGCCUUAUGGAGUGCACGUGAAACGGGCCGCGUCGGGACUGUGAGCGGGGAGGCCAUGCGGGCAGCGGGGCGGCGGCGCCGGGUCCAGCCCUGAGCAGGCGUCCCGCGGCUGGCUGGGAGGAGCGCGGCCCUCCUGCGCUCACCCCCUCGCGGCGCUCCGGGACGCCCCUACUAAGAUGUCCCUCAGCAGCGGCCCUGCAGGCGGGAAAGGUGCGGACUCCAGUGCGGUGGACGCGUACGACAGCGGCGAUGAGUGGGACAUCGGUGUGGGCAAUCUGAUCAUUGACCUGGACGCCGACCUGGAGAAGGACAAACUGGAGAUGUCAGGCAGCAAGGAGGGCGGCCCGGCGGCCGGGCCCCCCGGUGCCGUGACCGCUCUGCCCGACAACAUCAAAUUCGUCAGUCCUGCCGGUGGUGGGCAGGGAAAAGACAGCAAAUCCAAAUCCAAGCGCACUAAAAACUCCAAAGACGGCAGCAAGACGGCGCCGCUGGACGCUGUCAAGAAGGAGCUGCCGGGUCGGGCCCCCGGGGACCCGGCGGUGGCGGCCCACAGCCUCAACCCGGGUCUGACUAAGGGGGGCGACAAGUCCGGCAAAGCCAUGCGGGUCCCGCCGGUCGUCAAGAAGGACAAGGACGGUAUGUCGGCAAAGACUAAGAAGGACAAAAUGGAGGUGGACAAGGAACCGCUGGCGCCGACCGGGACCCCUCUCCCCCGCAGCGGGCCCUUCGAGAGCCAGCAGAGUGCAGAGGCCCCCAUCGCCGAGCUGCUGGGUCACGUGGCUCUGGACUCUGCCGGGAUGGGCCAGCCUGUCGCCAUGACGACCGAGGAGGAGGACGAUGAGGACGAGGACAUGGACGGCGGCGGCGGCGAGUGCCGCAACUUGAAGAAGAUGCUGUGUGGGGGGGACAAGAUGGAGUCGCCCGGCUCCACGCCGGCUCCGCCUCCCCUGCACCUGCUGGCCAAUAGCGACAUCUCGUCGCCGUGCGAGCAGAUCAUGGUGCGCACGCGCUCGCUGGCGGUCAACACGGCCGACGCGGCGCAGGCCACCGAGCCCGAGUGCCUGGGACCCUGCGAACCCGGAACCAGCGUCAACCUGGAGGGCAUCGUGUGGCAGGAGACCGAAGACGGCAUGCUGGUGGUGAACGUAACGUGGCGGAACAAGACGUACGUGGGGACCCUGCUAGACUGCACCCGACACGACUGGGCCCCGCCCAGGUUCUGCGAUUCUCCCACCAGCGACGUGGAGAUGCGAGGCGGGCGCGGCCGAGGCAAGCGGAUGCGCCCGGCCGGCGGCGUGCCCGCCAACGACAACGGCACGUCGUCGGACAACAAAGGAAGCGGCAAGACCCGCGGCGGGGCCGCCGGCACCAACGGCAAAGGGCGGCGCGGAAGCCAGACGUCCGCCGCCGGGCCGGGGGAGGACGCCAAGGCCAGCCCCUGCUCCUCCGCCAAGAGGAAGAGCAAGCCCGCCUCGGACAUGGAGCCCACCUCCAGCUCCGAGGACACCAAAGCGUCCAAGCGAAUGCGGAGCAACUCCACCGGCGCUGCCCACUCGCUCCCCACCGGGAAAUUGGAGGCGGCCGCGCUGGAGCGCGUGUGUCCGUCGCCGGUGCUCAUCGAUUGCCCCCACCCCAACUGCAACAAGAAGUACAAGCACGUCAACGGCCUCAAGUACCACCAGGCGCGCGCCCACCACGAGCACGACGCAGACAGCGAAUACGGCGACGAGUCGGGCCACCACCCCGACGCCGCCUCCUGCAACGGCGCCGCUAUCUCCCCGGCCCGCUCUGCCACACCUAAAGGGCGGGGCUUCGACGCGCCCUCGCCGGGGAAGCAGCCGCCCAAGCUCGGCAAGAAGAGGACGGGCGAGGGCGAGCCCGACGGGACGGACGCCGAGUGCUUGACGGACGAGGCCAGUAAUGACGGCGUGGAGGACAGGAAGGCCAAGAAGAUGGCGGCGGCCGGCGGGAAAACGGACAAAACCACCCCGAAGGGAGCGAAGCCCGGCCGGCCCACGCUGCCUGCCGGUCCCUCCGUGCCGCUCUCUUACAACCCGCGAGCUGGUUCUCCCUCGCCGGGCUCUGCGGCGGCCCCAAAGAACGGCCAACCCAAAACCCCCUCUCUGGUGGACCCCUCCUCCAGCCCCCUGGCCAAAGACAAGAAGAAAAAAGACAAGAAGAGGCGGGAGGGCGACAGCCCCAAGGGGCCGCCGCGGCUGGAGGAGGGCUACGCCGAGGCGGGCGAUGCCCUUCUCAACGGCUCCUCUGAAGUUCAGCAGAGCCGACUGGCCAGCAUCAAGGCGGCGGCCGACAAAGUCUACAGCUUCUCGGAUAGCGCGCCUAGCCCCUCCCUGGGUGGCGGCGGUGGCAGGGCGGAGGGCGCCGUGGGGCAGAACGGCACCGACGGCAUGUCGCUCCAAACCAGCAGCCCCGCCUACUCGGACAUCUCUGACGAGGGCGAGGACGGCGAAGGAAAGGCGGAGGGCGUCAAGGUGAAAACGGAGCCUGACUCCAAGAAGGCCCUGUAUCCCCCUCAAGCGCCGCCCGCCAAGGAAGCCCCCUACUACCCCACCUACGACGCCUACUACCCAACGGCCUACGCUGGCGCCAGCCCCGCCUCUACCGCCGCACCCAAGAAGGAGGAAGAACCGGAGGUGACCGAGGGGGUCAAGGUGAAAGUGGAGCCUCCGGAGGACAGGAAGUCUGAGGCCGGACCCCCGCAGCCGUCGGUCAUCCAGCAGCGCCCCAACGUGUACGCCCCCCCGCCCCUCUACUACAACCAGUACUACGGCCAGCCCUACUCGUACUCGCCCGACCAGGCCUACCACGCCCACCUGCUGGCCUCCAGCCCCGCCUACCGGCAGCAGUGCGAGGAGCGCCAGCGGCUGGCCGACAAGAAGGCGGAGGGCAAAGCCUCGGCCGGCCCGCCCACCCUGACGCCGGCCCCCGCCCUCGCUGAGCUGGCCAAAGGCAAGCCCAAGGAGGCGGCGGGGCCCGAGCCAGCCAAGUCCGUCAUCAUGGUGAAGGGCGACGACCCCAAGGUUGCCGCCGCCCCCCCUGAGGGGCUGAAGAUGAAGCUGAGCGAGGCAGGCCAUCAAGCCAAAGAAGAGGCUACCGCUGCCGCCAUGUGGUACAGACAGGAACCCGACGCCCGCCUGUGGCCCUACGUGUACCCCAACAAGUACUCGGAUGCCCCCAAAGCGCAGGAGGACGAACGCGAGCGCGACAGGAAGUCAAAGGAGGACCGUCCGCGGCCAAAGGAGGCGUCGUACAAAGACGAGGCCAAGGAGGGGACGGAGGGCCGGGCGCCGCUGCCUUCAGAGGAACAACAGCAGCAGCAGCAGCAGCGUGUGGCGGCCAAGGAGGCGCGGCCCCCCCACGUCCAGUUUGCAGCCCCCCUGGCGCAGCACCAAGGCUACAUGCCCUACAUGCACGGACCCUACGCCUACGGACAGGCCUACGAGCCCGGCCACCCCGGCUACCGGGGCGUGCCCUCCGUCAUGAUGCAGAAUUACCCCGGCUCCUACCUGGCCGCCGGUUACUCCUUCUCGUCGUACGCUGGCAAGGCGGCGGCCGAGGAGGGCGGCGAGAAAGCGGCGCGUUCCAGCCCCACGGUGAAGGCGACGGGCGGCGAAGCUAAAGCGCUGGAGCUCCUGCAGCAGCACGCCAGCCACUACAAGAGCAAGUCGCCCACCGCCGACAAGACGCCGGCGCAUGAGCGAGAACGCGAGCGAGACGGCGAGCGGCCGCGCUCGUCGCCGGCCCAGCGCGCGCCGCCUUCGCACCACCACCACCACCACCACCUGGCCUACCCGCUCCUCGCCGGACAGUAUGACCUGGCCUAUGCCUCAGGUUUGUCGUCACCGGCCAUGGUGGCCAGCCAGCAGGCGUCGGCGCCGUCCAUGUACCCGCCCCCGAGGAGGUGAGAAAAGGCUCGCGGCCGCCCGAACGUGACCAGAUCACGCACGGACGCUGCCGCCGCAACGCCGGAGGGGAGGCGGGCGGCCGCUAGCCCCGCCCCCCUCGACAGCCUGACGCUCAAGGAUGGAACUUCUUCAUCUCAGUCGCCGUUUGUCCUGAAGACCACAAGAAGAAACGCCGUGGUACAGAAUGGCGGCAGGCGGGCAGGUAUCCUCCCUCCCUCCCUUGCUCCCUCCCUCCCUCCCUCCCACCCCCUCAGUGUCUUGCUGUACUGUAGCGUGCGUGCCGUGCGCAUGCGUGUAAAUAAUGUACAGAGGAAUCAUUUUUAAGAGGUUGGAUGCGGUUUUGUUUCCUACUCUUCUUUUUUUCUCUCUGUUGUUUUUCUACUCCUGUUGCUCAUAUUAAAAACAUGUAGCUGGACCAACCA